CCGACUCGAAGUCUGUUGCCAGCGAUUUGCGAGCGGCCAAAACAGUCGCCAGCCAGUAAUCCAAUAGAGCGCGUUCGGUGUGCGGACAAGUGUUAGAGACAAGCUGGUCUCAGAUCACCCAAAAAAAAAAAAAUUACACAAAUAUCGGCAUUUUGUAACUCCCAAAAAAAAAUUAAACCAGGCGUCGUCGGAACGCGGCUCAAACGAGAAAACCCGAAAUCCAUUUUGCUGUUUUUCUUGAUCCAAAGAGCCCAGCGCGGAACUGCCAGGCGAAAUGAUUUUGGAGCAGGGGCCAAUUUGGGCCACAAGUGGACGGCGGUGCCUGCUGGCCGCUCUCCUGCUGACUCUCCUCGGCGGACAGACAGUGGCCCAGUCCAAUUACGUGCAGCACGGCGAUAGUGGCAACUACACCACCAACGGACUGCCCGAGGAGGCGACACUGGACGGCAAGGUGACCAAACUGGACGACAUCAGUCCGCUGAUUUUUCUAAACCGAACGAAGGCCGCUCUCAAUUGCGCCGCAGGAUCCAUGCAGGUUGAUCUCAAGUUCAACGAUCCGUUCCAUGGCAUUAUCCAGGCUGACUACGAUCGCAGCAGUGCGUGUCGCGUGAGUGGAAAAGGAGCUCUCAGCUAUCGACUGGAGUUGCCUCUGAAGGGAUGCGGCACCAUUCAGAACCCCACCCGUGUGUUCACCAACAACAUCAUUGUUCGAUUCCACGCCAAUUUGGAGAUGGACGGCGACGAGAUAAUCACGAUCGUCUGCCGAUAUCCGCCACCUGUUCCCUCUCUUCCACCAGCUCUUCCGGCUCCAAUCCUGAACCCGAUCGCCACGAGCUCGGUGCUCCAGCCGCCGCUGAAGAGCAUCCAGAUCCUGAUGAUCAUCUGCGCAAUCAUGUUCCUCACCCUGCUGCUCCUCGGACUGGCGGUGUCCUACUACUGCCUGCGCAGCCGCUCCAUUCCGGUGGUGCGUCGCCUGCCGAUGAGCAUGGGCAGCGGAUCGGAGAUCACCAAGCUGAGUGGCAGCAGCGUGGGCAACAUCAGCGCCUUCGAGGGCGUCAAGAUCCCCCGAGCACAUGCUGCCCUCCAGGCGGUCUACAGCUCCUCGGGCAGCGAGGGUGCCCUCAUACCCUCCGAUUAUCCCAGCGAGUCCCACUCGGAGAUCGAGGAGAUCGACACCAGAUCGCUGCCCUUCAGCUCAGCUGGCAGCUUCGAGAACCGCGCCUUUGUCCACGAAACCUCGAGCAUCUACAGUGACCACUAUGCUCCGGCGCAGGAGAUGCCAUCGGCGAAUGCCGUGAUGACCACCACCUCGGUGACCCGACACGCCAUCCCGAUCCAGGAGGCCGUUGCCGUGGAUUCGCCCAAGUUUGAUGUGCAAGUGAGGGUGAAGAAGUCCCCGCCGCCGCCUCCUUCGCCGGUCACCUCGGAUACGGAGAGCGUGGCCACCUUGCGUCCGGACAGGAACAACCUGUCCACCAUCAUGGAGGCCUACGAGGAUCGCGAGAGCGUGCUCACCAUGGACUCGCUGCCGCCGCAGGUGGAAACGAUGCACUCGCAGUUCACCUACGUUCCGGAGCUCCAUCCUGCCCCGCAGGUACCCCAAACCAUUCCACCGCCCGUGGUGGUGGAGCCCAAGUUCUCCGUCUACACCAGAACCCAUCACGAGGUGGUCGACGGUCGUCCGGAGACCUGGUCCGAUUACACCGAUGGUCCGGCGCCCAGCGAGAUCACCGAUCUGUCCUCCGAGGCGCCCGACAACAUUGUGGACACGAUGCACUACUACGAGGAUGAGUUCGUUCCGGCUGUCCAGCCGCCGGUGACCUCGCACACCGUGGACGAUGUCUAUCUGCGAACGGUGACCGAGAAGAAGACCAUCGAGGACAUCGAGAGCCACAAGAGGCGGGUCACCGAGUACAAGAGCAAGCCGAGGGCACCACUGCCGCCGGCACCGCCACCGCCGCCACCCGUCGAUCCCAAGUUCGAUGUGCGGGUGAGGAACUAUCCCAGCGACCGGGAGCAGCAGCUCUGGGAGAACUUCUCGGACAUCUCCAGUGCCUCUGGACUGACGCUCACUCCCAAAAUGGAGCGCAGUGAUCUGAGUAUUCCGCCGGCGGAGCUGCCCGCCCAGAUCCACGACAACAAGCUGAAGUUGACCAGUCCCGAGUUGGUGGGCAACAUGAAGCCGAUCGAGGUGCCGCCGCAGGACAAGGAUGUGCCCAACUGGGAUGUGCUCAUCCGGAUUCUGGAGGAGCCAGAGAUGUCCGAGGUGGGCGGUGACGACGUCAGCUCCGUGCACAAUCUGAGCUACGACGAUCGGGCCAAGUGGAAGGAGAUCAUCACCACGCAAUCCUCGCUGAGAACGAUGCUCACCGAGGCGGUGGUGCGCGAGGACUUCGAGCGGAUUCGCCAGGAUACGCGGUAUGAACGGAUGUUCGAGCCGCAGACCUGGGACGUGAUCAUCAGGAUCCUGGCUCCUCCCGGCGAGGAUGAUCCCGAUGUGGAGCUGCGGACGCCGCGACGCGGCAAGAAGGCAUCGCCGCAGCCGUGGGACACGCGAUCCCGCCGCAGUUCCCUUCCCACGUUGUAUGAGUACGAUAGCGAUGGGGGAUCCAGUGUGCGCACCAUCCGGAAUGAUCCCGGGAUGCCGGGCAUGCCGGGUGGACCAGGUGGCUCCGCCGGCGGACCCUUCAACCUGCAGCGAUCGCGCCGCAGCUCGCGCACUUCCUACCAGACGGAUCACAACGACUUCCGUUCGAUGUCCGAGGUGACCGUGGACUUCGGCCGCCCGCAGGUGGACCAUCCGGACAAUGUGAGCGACGCCAGCAGCUACUAUCGGAUGCAGUACUACGACGACGACGACCGGCGCUCCUUCCACCGCUCCCUCAGCCAUCCGUCGCUGGCCCGCUCCGCCAGCGAGUUCACCGAGCACUGGACCGCUCCCGAGGAGCUGGAGGUCUCCUCGCCGGAGGGCACUCCGCACACCCGACGGGCCAGACAGCCCUCGAAUCAGUUGGCCUUGGUCAGCGGAAGAACCGGGGAGCGGAUCUUGGCCCAGACGCAGACGCAGAGCGAGUACGUGGAAACCCACCGAAGAGUUUUCCACGCCGAGAAGGAGAUGCCAUUGCCGCCCCGCAAGUGGUAGGAAAUCGGUUGACGAGUCCCCCCAACUAACAAUCGACGAGCAAUACGAUUCUCGAGAAGGGUCUUAUCAUAAAAACUCCAUAUUUUAGACAUGUGUUCCGGAAAUGCCCCUUACACUUCACUUGCAUUAAUGGGUCAUAUGAGUACACAACCUUACAAUAAUUAACAAACGUGCCAAUUACAAUUGCCUGACAAAGUAAGCCACUAUGAAAACCUUAAAUGUCAGUUUGAAGCGGAUGAUCUUGAAGGAAAACAAUUAGAACAAGCAAGGGGAAUCCUGUUUUCAAGCUGUUUUUUCCGAUCAAUUAAUUCGGGAAAACUCCAAUUAAUUUGAAAACCUUUAAAGUUGGUAACAAGAUGCCGAUUUCUAUAUUCGAUUCAUGUGUUCUGCACUCCCAACUGAGAUUUCGCAUUUAAUCAAACAUGAUCUAAUGAAAAGAGCGGGAUAGAUAAUUAAAAUGAUAGGAUGUGAAAGUUUUAAUAUUAGUAAAAAGUGUUCUUAAGAUGUAACGCUGCCGUUGGUCUUUUUGAUGAUAGGAAAUUUGUAUGAGCAGAGUCACAAACACGAAGUCUAGCCUUUAUCCUUUUUAAUAAACAAUACUUCGCAACUUGUCGUCGAAAUUAGGUAGUUACCUUACCACAUUCUAGUUACAAAUGUAUAUAUGUAUAUAUACAGAGAUCAAACUGCCACAUGCACACGAUUUUUACCAGAUUCGAUGAUCUUCACUUUUGAAAUACAUAUAUAUAUAUAUACUCCGGGUGGAAUAGAUACGCAGGUUUGAAAUAAAAGUAUUACUAUAGCAUAGUGUUUCCAAACGCAAAGUCUUCUUGAAUAAUUAUAUAUUGGAUUUGAAUAUUUGAAUACGAGUAGACUAAAAGUUCGGGACGGAAAACUGCAAGAGUAUCCUAAUUAAAUUUCGGAUUUCGGAUUUCGAAUCGAUGAUAAACGGGGCCCCAAUUAGAUUCCUUUCAAAGGACCACACAACACUUUCUCAUUAUUAUCAAUUUUUUCUUAACUUAGUACUAAUCCGUCCAAGACAUAUACUAUAAGAUAAUUGAUAAAUAAUAAUAAUGCGCGAUUACGACAUGCUACAUGCUACAGCCUUAUAAACAAACUUACAUAUUUAAUUCGCUUUUUGGUUAGGCAAGUCCUACGAAAAUGUGUGUAAUCUAAAAACACUUGAAAUAAAUAAAUUAUAAAUAAAUAUACCCACUAACAAAGUU